AUGUUUAAGGCUGCUAUACACUGGCAGACCAGUGAAUUGGCAUGUGGAGUCAAGUAUCGAUUGCUAGAGGCUAAAGCAGCAGAUGAUUACAAGGAUAGACUAGUGGCACGUGUAAACGUUCCUAGUGAGUAUAUUGCACCACUCGUGGAUGCUGCAUUCGCAUUGCAUCCUGCCUUAUACACAGUCAUCUCAAACAAUAAGAACGACGAGAAAAAGCUUCCAGAUCUGAUUUGGGAUGAGUAUGAGAAUCUCGACUGGAAAAACAUUUUGGCUGGAAAAGUGGUCGCCAAUUCAUACUGCGUGCGUAAGGGACUGUCACGCAAGGCACAGCUGUCGAUUUACCUGUCGAAAUACAUUUUGAAACAUCCAGACUGUAGAUUGAGCAAGGCAUUACCAUAUACACUAGUAGUGGACACAUGGGAAGCAUAUGAUGAAAGCUUGACGCACUUUGGCAUCUCGUUUCGUGAGCGUCUGGAUUCGUGUUUGUGGGAAGUUAAACAAAUGCUCGAAUCGAAGAUGAAGAAGACUUGGAUCAUGAAACCUAGUGCAACGAACAAGGGUGCUGAGGUCAGUGUGAUUACGGACUUUCAAAAACUACGAAGCAUUGUGAACGAGUGGACUGACAUCCGUGAAUGGGUCGUACAAGAAUACAUUGAACGGCCACUGUUACUGCGUGGUCGCAAGUUUCAUAUCCGCGUUUACGUGCUUGCUGUUGGUGGCCUCAAGGUAUUUGUGUACCAGCGCUGCCUCGUGCUUUGUGCCCUCGAGCGAUAUCGCAAAGAUGACACGGAUAAUAACUUUUCACACAUCACCAAUACUUUUCAACAGCAGAAUCACCCGGAAUUCGUCGAGAGUGAGUGUGUGCUAUUACUGGACAACAUCGAAGGAAUACUUGCAGAGCAAGGCAUCCUGGAUGCAGCAGACAAGAAGGCUCAGAUUCUGACGGACAUUGGCCACAUCACUGCUGAAGCGUUUGAUGCAUAUAAAGGCGAGUUCUCGGUAUUUCAGCCAUUGCCCAACUGCUUUGAGAUCUAUGGCGUGGACUUCAUGGUUGACGAGGACUUCAAUGUAUGGCUUUUGGAAUUCAAUCCCGGUCCGGACUUUAAACAAACAGGCGAUCGCUUGCAUUUUGUUAUCCGUGAGCUGAUGGCAGACUCGUUAAGUGUAAUCACGAACGAGUUCUUUUUGAAGAACAAAAGUUUGUUGGCAAAGAAUGCCGAUAUCGGUGCAUUUGUGAAAGUGUACGACCAGCAAUGGGGAGCUCUUUCCAAAGGCUCGUCCAUGAAAUUUGUAGAGUAA